CUCUCUCUCUCUCCCUCUCCCUCUCCCUCUCUCUCUCUCCUUCUCUCUCUCUCCUUCUCUCUCUCUCUCUAUCUUUUCUCUCCCAUCUCUCUCUCUGUCACUUUCAAUUUAAUUCUAAGAAUGUAUAUAGAGCUGAGCUAUAUUCCAAGCUAUUUAUGUAGGUAGCAUAGUUGACCUGUAGGAUCUAGAUUUAUAUAUAUACUUUCCUCCUCCUUUGCCUUCUUCUCAGCAAAGUUUUCUUUUGAUCUGCAUUGCUAAUCGUUCAGUCUCUAUCUCUGCAGAGUCUCUGAAACUAUCUAUCCUAUAAAUAUAAUAGUUACUUUUUGUUAAUUUACCAUGCAUGCAUCAUUUUGCUAGGCUACACAAACACAAUACAUCUAUGUGUACAAAUAUCAUCCAUUUUUAUAAAGUAUCUUAACUUCCCUGCCCAUGACAUAAAUUUGUUUAAGAUCAAAGCCGACUCAAAAACCUCAAAAACCAUACAAAAAUUUUAAUCCCGAAUGUCGAAGAAACCAUCAAAUCUCAACACUAUGUUCCCUUCUCCGGUACCAGCAACUGCUUAUUGUGGUUACCUUCUCAAACAUGAUCAUAAUUUUUGUGUUGCAAACCACCAUCCAAGCAGUGGGAACGAAAGAAACAAAAGAGGAGUUAUGAUUAAUACGGAAGAAGUGAUGAUGGGAGCUGCAAGGUGGACACCAACUCCCGAACAAUUAUAUGCUCUAGAGGAAAUCUAUCAAACCGGUACAAGAACUCCCUCGGCUACUCAAAUCCAACAAAUUGCUGCAAGGCUUCGUCGGUUCGGUAAGAUUGAAGGCAAGAAUGUUUUCUACUGGUUCCAGAAUCACAAAGCUAGAGAAAGGCAGAAACGUCGUCGACAACAACUACGUAACGAUCCCUUCCUAAAUCAGCCACAUUUCCAUGGAAAUGUACCAAGUUUAGGGUUAAGAAGGACAGGUCUCGAAGUUGGACAGGCUAAGAACUGGGUGAGCCCUUCAGACUGCAGUACCAUUUCAGAGGAGUCAGUAGUUUCUCUAGCAACAGCAGAGGUCGCAAAAGGCGAAACUGAUGAGAGAAUUGAGUUCGAAGAUACGAGAUUAAGGCUGACAAUGAGCACCAACGAGGCUCGAAAUCAUAACAAACUGCUGGUGCCCUACAAAGAAAUGACUAACAACAGUAAGGAUGAAAGAAAAUAUCCAACACUGGAGCUCUUCCCCGAUUGGAUCUGUGAUCGUAAUGAUCGAUAUCGGAUAAAUAAUGCACCAGAGACUGAUGAUCAUCGCGAAACAGGAACUACAAACAUCAGUACCAAGUUUGAUCCUCCUCAUUUCUUUGAGUUUCUUCCUAUGAAGAAUUAGAAAUGUAAGAAAAAAAUAUAUUUUUGUUUUUGUUUUUUCGAAAUUCACUUGGUUAUGUACUUGUGUUUGUUUCGAAAAGUUUGCAGAGCAUUGACCAUGCAUGUUCUAUUGUUGUGAUGUUCAUUCGACAAAUGAAAAUGUAUUAUAUAAUCUGAGCAUUUGCACACAGCAGUAAGAUACUAAUCACAAGAUGGAUAAAGACAUCUUAUACGCUUACAUAUCUUCAGCUGAGAGCCUGAAACCGGUCAGUUGUAUUUUGUUGCAUCUCG